GGCGGAGCGGCAGCAGCCGCUGCCUUCGCUUUGCGUGGCCGACGUCCGGGGCGGGGCUGGAGGCUUUGCGGCGGCUGCGCUACGGCGAAGAGGCGAAGGAGGCAGCGCCGAGCCCUUGCUUUCCGCGGACGCCGGGAUGCUGCUGGCCGUGUGGGGCUUCCUCAAGCGCCACAAAAAGAAAUGCUUCUUCCUGGGCGCCUUCGUGGGCGGUGAGUGAGAAGAACCCCCCGCUUCGCCUUCCGCUCGCGUGUCCUCGGUCUCCGCAUAGCCCUCCCCAAGGAAGGGGGCCUUUGGCUGGCUUUGCUCCUCACCCAGUGCCGCAUUUUCGUAUAAGCAAAACAAGCUAUAGCUUAGGGCCCCACAAAAAAUUAAAGGGGAAAAAAAACCAUGGGUGUAAAUUUCCAAAAUAUAAGAUAAAACCUACAUACAGCAACAGAGGCGAAUGGCUUUAGAUACCUAUUAGGUCCAGAAAUAAUCAUAUAGCAUAUAUUCAACACAAAAAACAGCGGCAAUUUGUUGUUGACAAAGGACGGCUGGAAAUAUAAAGGGCCCCUUUACCUUCAGUAGCUUAGGGCGUCAUCAAACCUAAAUCCAGCCUUGUUCUCUCCCCCAUAUGCUCCGCCUCCUCCCAUGCACACACUCACCUGCUGCCUUGUUCCCUGAGAUUCCUCUCCCCGCCAAAUCUCCCAGCAGUAAGCCCUACUGUUUUUAGUGGGGCUUACUCCCAGGUAAGCGUGGCUACCUGCCCAAGCAAUUAUAGCACUGGAUGUCCGUGUGCAGUUCCUUAUCUUUUUGAGUUCAGGUGAGGUCGCGCCAGUUACAACACCAACAAACCUGCUAGGCAGGCCAGCUCUAGCAUUCCUGUGUAUUGUAAGGCAGGGGCUGAAGUCAAGAGAGGGCCACUUGCUCCUGCUCUGUGGUGGCCACACACCUUCUCUCCCCGGCUGCAGCUCCUGCUGUUUCUCCCUCCUUGUGCAUUUAUUUUAGCUGAUCUUUUAGCUGAUCUCCUGUGUCUUUUAGCCAGAAUCCGGUGUGUCAUCCCUCCUUUUUCCUGGCUUGAAAAGUAGUCCCCCACCCCCCAAGAAAAACUUUUUUUAAGCUCAAAAUUGCUGAAGGUGCUCGAGUUCAGGCCUGUUCCUUAUUCACUCGUUUCAGAUUAUAACUUGUCUUAAUCUUUCCUAACAAGUGCAUGUAUGGACUCAUUCCUUCUUUUCAGAUCAAAGUCUUUCCUUUUGCACAAUCAUCCUGUUAUAACCAGCUCUUGCAGAUACUUGCUCCCCACCCCCACCCCUGAUUUGUUUUUUGCUCUGUACUAGUGGGAAAACACUUAUCCCUUUAUUGUGUUUUUCUGGACAUAUACAUUUCAUGUGCUGAUAUCUUGUAUUCUACAUCAUCAGAAGUUUAUAUUUCAAAAUAGGGAGUAUGUGGCAGUAGCAGCCGUUGCUUGAUAACUUACAUUUGAAACUGCUAUAUAUUCAUUUGCCAUGAAUUAGGCUUUUCUCAUCUCAGUAUUCAUCACUACUUAACCAGGGGACUCUAUUUCCAUUAUCAGUUUGCUAAAAGUACUUAAAUAAUCUGUAUAGUCAACUAUUUUAUCUGAUUCUAUGAAACUAUUACCAAUAAUUUUCUGUCACAAUCCAUUGUAGGUCAUUUUUGCCUGAGAAAGGGAAGACAGUCUGGAAAUUAGGAACAGUUUUAUUUAGCACAUAUGCUGUUUCAGUAAUCCUGUACUGUGAUGGGAUCCAGCCUUACUUAUGAUCAUUUAAUCUAAUUGUGAGAACUUGUUCUGGGUAACAUUUUUACAAUUUCUACUGAAAUCAAGAGAAAAAUAUAUUCUAAAGCAGAAGAAACUGUUUGGUAAGCCCUAAUUUAUGCCUCUUCUAAAAUACCUUUAAUAGGAGUUUAUAUACUUGGAAAAUAUGGACAGAAAAAAAUGAAAGAAAUCCAGGAAAGAGAAGCUGCAGAAUACAUUGCACAAGCACGAAGACAGUAUCAUUUUGAAAGUAACCAGAGGACUUGCAACAUGACAGGUAAAGCAACAGCAGUCUUGGAAUCAAUUCAGGUUAUACCAUGGCUUUUGCCAACUAAAGUGCAUGUCACUUGCCUAUUGUUGGUUCCUGUUUUCUCAGCACAUAUUAAUUACCAUAGUUUCUGAUGCCAAUUUGACAACUGAUCACUGAACCAUGAUUUGUCAUGCCAAAUCAUAGUUAAACUUCCUUAACUAUGGUUUGGUGUGUUGCCUAAACUGAAGUGGUCUUUUUGACUGAGGUAAUAUAAACAGAAUCUCAUAGUAGUUAUGGUCAAAAGAAUUGCAUGUCUAGCUUUGCAUUUCCAGGGGGACUUGUGUUUUGUUAACAGCAGCCCCUUAAGUUGCAUGGCAAACUACAUUUAAAACUCAUGAAGGACCAUCUGUAGCCUAAGGUUAGUUGGGCUUUUAUAGCUAAUUUUGUUUUAUUUUUCUGCACAUUUUAUGGGCUGUUCUUAUCCUGUGCAUCUGUGUUAAACUAUUUUUAAAAGCAAUCAUAUCCAUACUGAGCUUCCUUUACUCUAAAAGACUGAGAUCAUUUAGUCUCUAUUCAUAAAAUUAGUUCUCUGAUUGCAAAAGUGCUCUUUGCACUUUGGCUUUGAAUUCCUCCUUUUUGAACAGGGGCAACUAAAGCUGGAAACAAAAAUAUUAAAGAUGUCAUUGUGCAUACUUCCAGUUUGUGCUUUUUUUGAAAAACAAAAACAAAUGAUCCUUAUAUUUAUUUCCCAAAGACCAAGAGUUGGAUUCAAACUUGCAGUUCUAUGAACGGAACAGCUUCCCCUGUUGAUGGAAGGUUCUGAGAUCCAGCAGAGGCUUGGCUGGAGAGAGAAGGGGAGGCCAUUUUAGUCUAUUCCCCCUAUUAGUUCACCACUUCCUGUGCUGUUCAGGAAGGAGUCCCAGCCCUCUAAAGCAGUUUCCCAUGAGCUGCUAUAGCAAGUGUGGAAACCCUUUAACUCUUCAGAUGUUGCUAAACUACAAUUUGCAUAAGCCUCAGCAAACAUGGCCAAUGACCAGGGAUGUGGGAGUUGUAAACCACUGACAUUUGGUGGACUAAAUGUUCCUCACAGGUGUGCUAGAGGGAGGAGGAAGUAUCAAAAACACAUACACAUGUGAUCAAACCAAUUACUGAAUAAAUGAUUUGUUUAUGAGAUUCUAUGUACGCUGGUUACGUUCCUAAUCAUAUGCUUUUUGUUAAUAGUCCUGUCAAUGCUUCCAACAUUAAGGGAUGCUUUGAUGUAUCAACUGAAUUCUGAGAGCCUCACUUCACUGCUGAAGAAUAGGUAAGUGUGAUCUGUUGAUUUGGUUUGAAUGUCUAUUCUUUAUAUUUGGGCUAUAAGUGGAAUGUGCAUAUGUAACUAUCAUGUAGGAAAAUUAUUCCCUGCAACCUGAAUCUGUGGACUGUGAAAACCUUUAAAGUUAUUUUAUCCUGAUAGAGAAAUAUAAGAAUUAAAACAAUGUAGCACAUUUUGUUUCUAAUAUGAAUUAGUGGGGAAAUGAUACUAAAAAGUAUUUAUAAUGGAUGUUCUAUGAAACACAUAGAGGAAGCAUAAAGCAAAUUCCAGUGUGUUUCAGUUAGUUUGAAAAAUGCUUGUUGAAAUAUUAUUUACAAAGGCCAGUUAGGGCUACAUUUGUAAAUUUCUUCAGAGCCUCAAAUCCCCAGGCUUGGUUAAGUAUAUCUUCAUUUUCCUCCAAGCAUUUCCUCCCAAGCAGUUUCAAUGCUUGUUCAUGCCUAUAUUAAAGUGAAAAUUGAAAUUUCACUUUAAUAUAGACAGAAAUUGAGCUUUCUUUAUACCAAGACCAUUCAUUUUCAAUGUUUCCAAUUUUGUGUUUUCUUAGACCAGCCAACAAAUUAGAAAUAUGGGAAGAUUUGAAGAUAAUAAGUAAGUUGAAAGGAAUAAUUAUGCUCAUGAUCCAGUGAGCCUCUUUUUAUGUAUGCACAUAGCAGAGCUUCUGGUUUUUCUUCAAAAUGCAACUCUGGUCCAGCUCCAGUGCACAUUGCAAUCUGUAAGCAGAACUGUCAGAUACGUGCUUCUUCAGAAGCAAGUGCCAUUCUGUUCAACGAAGUUUACUACCAGCUCAUUAUGCAUAGAAUUGCAGCCUUACAGAGCAUUCCUGUCCCCACCCCAAUGGCUGCAGAUGGUGUUGUCAGGAUGGUAUAUACUUGCCUCUCUACUGGCCUUCAUUGCCAGAGGUAGGCAGGGGGGAAAGGCUCUGCUUUGGCAGAGGCCUCAGCUUUGCUUAGCCAUGCACUGAGCAAGUAGUUCCCAACCUUUUCGAUAUGGCAACCCCCAAGCCCAAACUUACAUGGCAUAGUGACCCAUCAAUUUAUUGUCACAUGAAUUUUUGACCUUCCCAAGUGUUAAAAUGUGGAAAUUGAACGUUUCUAAUACAAGUGUUAAUGCAGCAUUAUAACAUGCCAACAAAAAAAGUUGUAAGAUAAAGGAUUACAAGCAAUACUUAUUUAGGGUUUCCUUACAAAGCCCGUGACCCACUUAUACAAGUUUUGUGAGCCACUGGUUGGGAAAUGCUAAUCUCUCACCGGUGGUAGCCAGCAGAAAGCUCUAAAGUGGGGUACUAGCAGAUUGGGAUCAAUGGGACCCAACCCCCCCCCCCCUUGAGAUAUUUAGCUACACCAGCCUGGAGCUGAUGUAGUGAAAAUAAUCUGUUCCACACUUUCCCAGCCCCUUGUUUGGAUUGCUUUGCCUUGUUCUUGCAAGCCUAAGUAAUAGGCUUGUAAAAUUUGUCCUUGUUUGAGCUCAUUGCAUCUUAAGCUCUUGAUUACCCAAAAGAAACACCUUUUUGAAGAAGACACAAAAUACAGAUAGCCCCUCUAAAUAAGCUCUAGAAAGUUAUGUUUUCUGCACAUAAAACCAGAACGGUAAACAGUUACUCUAUCCCAUAUAUACAAUAUUUAUUAUUCUGCAUUACUUUAGAUGACAUGCUGAUUAUUAGCUGUCCACUCUUUUUCAUUUAGCAUCAUUCCUUUUUCUGUUUAAAGGUUUUACAAGAAGCAUUGUAGCUGUAUAUAGCACAUGUAUGCUUGUAGUUCUUCUACGAGUACAGUUAAAUAUUAUUGGUGGAUACAUCUACCUGGAUAAUGCAGCAGUUUGCAAAAACGGCACAGUAAGUACAUUCUUUGAGCAGUAUAUCAGUGAUUGAAAAAUUCAGUAAGGGUGGCUAUAAUAUGUAGAAUCCGGUACAUAGUAUUAUACUUACAGAAAUCCAAUUGACGUUAAUUAUAUGCCGAGGAUGAAAUCCAACAUCACAAGUGAACUUUCUGCUUGCAUGACAGGACUGCUCCUUCCUCUCCUCUCCCUGCACCCUCCCAAAUGCAGAGGGAGGAGAAGAAUGAGAGAUUCUGUUGCACAUGUGCAAGGCCAUUCUGCUAGCAGAUGAGGCACGACUGGAUAUUCUCAAUUUAUGAGUAUUAGAAGAUUGGACUGAUUUACAAAGUGAAUGAUGCUAAAGAGCAGAGAUGAUGCUUCUUGAAUUCCUUUUUUUGUAAACUCUCUGGCCCUCAUAUUGGGGGGGGGGGUUCAUCCAUUUUGUUGGUGUUGAAUAAGUUGACAGCACAGCAAAAAGGAAAUAAAUUUGGUGUUCCAUGCUUGUGUGGUUGUUCCCAAUGUUAGCUCUUAUUUAUAACGAGAGAGGCUCUAUAAGGCUUUUUAAAAAAGAGAGAUUUGAAUUGUUCUGUCCUCUGUUGUUCUGUGUUUAAAGAUGGCUGAGGCUGUUAAGAUCCAGGGUAUCUUGAGAGUGAUGCCAGCAGCAGGAGAGCACAGAGAAGGCACGGGGAGGGAAAUUCUGCAUCCUGACUGGUUGUACAGACACAUGGAGGAUAAACACACUGUUCCAUAAAGUAACAGAAACAUUACAGAAUGUUUUUCUCCUUAUAGACACCUCUAGCUCCCCCUGAAGUCCAACAGCAAUAUUUAUCAAGUAUUCAGCACCUUCUAGGAGAUGGUAUGAUAUCUGUAAACCUCUUCCUACGUAGUGCCAAUAUUUGCAGAGUUUGAACAAAUGAGUAGCUAGUCUUCAGUAACGUUUUUCUUCUGCCUUAGGUUUGACUGAAUUAAUUACUGUGGUUAAAAAAGCUGUGCAGGAUGCAUUUGGGAGGUAAAAAAAUUGGCUUUUAAAAAAGUUUUCAUGUGUAUUUUUAAAGUAAUUCAUUGGGAUGCAUUCAACUGAUGUGAUAAAUAAUGUUUAACUCCUUCCCCCUGCAGUGUUUCUCUCAAACAUGCUCUUUCUCUCUUGGAUUUGGACCAGAAGCUACAAGAAAUUAGAAAGGUGAUAGAACAACCUGGAGAUAGGUCAUCAUCUGAAGACACUGGAUCCCAGUCUCUGCUGUGUCAUUACAUGAUGCCAGAUGAAGAGAAUCCAUUAGCUACCCAGGUAUUUUCAUAGUAUUGUGAGCAGGGAACCAAACCAAACCUGAAGUUGUUGGGGGCGGGGCAGAGAUUGGCUCUGGGUUUUUAAAAAAGUAGCAGAAUUUAAACUUGAAACUCAAAUAUUUUAGUUUGCUUCCAUCUGAACCAGAACCAGACCUUUCUGAACAAAAAGGUUCAACAUAAAUAAAUUAAUCCUGUACAUUUGCUUUUAUGCUCUGUUGUUUGUCUUUCUAGGCCAGUGGACUUACAGAAGGAGAUGUGGCUACUAUUAAAUUACUUAAUGAGACAAGAGACAUGUUGGACAGGUAUGCAGCAAAUGUUAUCUUUGGUAACUUAGGCUAAGUAAACUUAGGAAAGGAAAAUAUGAAACUCAUUUUUUUAUCAGAGUGGAGAAAUUGAGGGUGAUUUUGCAUAACAAAGUAUCUUUAAAAAAAAAGCCUUUUUCAAAUUCUUUGAUCCUCCACUUCCCUUGUCCCUGUUUGAGCAAACCACAGUUUGCUGUUUUAUCCAAACUGAGAAAAUAUAGCUUGUCUCUAAACUUGGGGUUGAAACUCAUUUUAAUUACUGGCAAAGACUCAAACUUUGCUUCAUAGAGAUGAGGGUGGGGAGUGAAUUGGAGCAAGAAGAGCAGAGGAAGAACAAAUAGGCCUCCAGUAAAUUCUUCCAGGCCCAGCCAGAAAGGCCUGGAGGUGCCUGAAAUGCCCCAUUUCUAGUUUAGUGUUAUGUUUGAUCUAGUCUCGUAUCCCCAUCAGCAAAGGAUCAGUUUUAUUUAAAUUACAUUUUAAAUACGUUUUCCAAAAUACGUUGGCAUGUAGAGAGGGAUUUAUAUAUCUAUUAUAAUUUGAUUGAUUUAUUCCAGUCCAGAUUUCAAUAGAGUUUUGAGUUCAUGCUUAAAUAGAGGGUUCAGUCGAUUACUGGACAACAUGGCAGAAUUCUUCAGACCCACCGAACAGGACUUAUGCCAUAGUAGUUCCAUGAACAGGUAAACAUCUUUAAACGUGUUUUAAUAUGAAUGCUUUUCAAUGUAGAAGAAUCUAAGUAUAGUCAGAGUUUUACUUACUAUUUCACUAUUAUCAGUUUCUCAAAAAAAUAGUUGAGGUUUCACCAAGAUCACACAGCAAUCCUGCCAAAUGGAUCAGCUUUAGGCUGAAUUUUUAACAAAAACAAUGUCUCAACAUAGUUUGGACUGUGCUCUUCUUCCAGCAAAAUGUGUCAACCCUUUGUUUAAUUAUGAGUAAUUAGCCUUAAAAUAAGACAGGUCUGCUAUCUAGCAAGAUUGAAUACUCACUCAGACUCCACUAAGUUAAUUUUCUUUUCAAAUUCUUUUUAUUUAAAGUUCCUCUCCACUUCCCCAAAACACACUGCACAAACUUCCUUAUGGGAGACAGCCGUUUUGAAAAGAGAAGUAAAAGAAGGCAGAAUGCUUCCUUGUAAUCAGGUGCAGUGCUGGCACUUUUGAAUGGAAGUGGGAGACAAACUCUGCUCCCCCACACCCUGAAUCUUCAUGCCGGCCAUCAAAUAAACCAACAUGCAUUGGCCAGUCAGGUGACCACCACACAUAGGAGCCAAGAGACUCCCAUUCAGAAAUGCAGCUACUAUAUAGCACCAUAUAGCUCAGUUGGUUAGAGCAUGGUGCUGAUAAUGCCAAGGUUGCAGGUUUGAUCCCCAUAUGGGACAGCUGUAUAUUCCUGCAUUGCAGGGAGUUGGACUAGAUGAUCCUCAGGGUCCCUUCCAACUUUUAAGAUUUUAUGAAUCUAUGCCACCUACCCACGAUGUCUAAUCUGGACCAGGAGCCAGGCAGGGAGGGUGGCUGAAUGAGUGUGUGUAGGCUGGAGAGCCUGUGCAAAUGGGUAGGGGUUGUGUGCUGCCUGCUCCAAACUGACAGGCCGUGAGUGGUAGCAUGGGAUGGGAUGGUGAAGGGCCCUUUUUUGCUUCUGGGGCUCAGUCGGUCCCCAGCCUGGCUGAGCUUUUCCCCUGGGCAGAUAUUAUGUGUUUACUAUUCUUCUUCUUCUGAAUCUGUGUAUUACAAAAGUAGCUAACAAGACAGACAUUUAUGUUGUGUAAUCGCAUCUCUUUCCCCACCUCCGCCUCCAGUCUUUCCAGUGUCAGUCUUCCUUUAGCCAAGAUAAUUCCAAUAAUAAAUGGGCAAAUUCAUUCAGUCUGCAGUGAAACACCUAGCCAUUUUGUUCAGGUAAGAAGACCUUUUUACCUUUCUUUUUUUUUUUUUGCUUAGUCUGUUAUUUAAUAGCUUUUCUGCACUUAGUUUUCAGGGUGUCUUAUAAACAAAAUUAAACAGUACAAACGGGGAGAAUUCCAAUUAAAAUAAUUUCACACCUAAAAUAUGAAAAUGUAGACCUGUCAGCCUGCUUUGUAUUGUUGCCAUUAGUCUAUUUUUAAGCCUUUAAAAGUGCACUAAGCUCUGUACCAACAGUAAACUAGACUUGUUGCUGUCAUAAUGUCUCACAUCUUAUUAAUCAAAAUAUGAAGAAAUGUGUAGAGUUCAGGUAUGCACAUUUUACACUGCAUAAACACAGGAAGUGAGACUGCCAGGAUGACACAUUUUAUUCUGAGUGGAAGAAAUAGAAUCCAUCCCCUUUUUUGGUUAGGCUUCCCCGUUGGUUAUGGCUGAGGCAAAAGCCGUUUUAGUGUCCCCGGUAGAUGAUCCACAUAUGUAAGAUAGAACAUUUCCAUCUUAACAGUUUUGAACUUCUCAGCCUCCAACAGUGCAUGAAGUAACGUGCCAAGCAAUUCUGUUAACCAGGCUUGAAGUGUUAGCAGGGGGUUACUUGUUGAUAUUACACAUCUGCUUGUGUUAAAAAAGAGUGCUAUAUUUGCUACAUGGACAUUCUCUUUCCAGGACCUUCUAAUGAUGGAACAAGUGAAAGAUUUUGCUGCUAAUGUGUAUGAAGCUUUCAGUACCCCUCAACAACUAGAGAAAUGAACUGCACAGCGGGAUGUACAUAUGAUCUGUAGUGCCCAGUCCUGUGAAUACUUCAUUUGAUGAUGAAUCUCUUCAGAAUGGUACAAGAUUAUUAAUCCCUGCAAAAAGAAUGUCUUUUGAGAAAAUCCAACACCUAGGUUUUAUACUGAUAGAGCUCACCAGACUUAAGUAAAUUUAAGGGGGAAGUAUCAUUACACUGCAAGCCUUUGUGUUUAAGCAGCCUCAGUUACAAAUCACAUGUUUACAAAAGACAGUGCAAAAAAUAAAUUAAUAAAUCUGCCUACAGUAACUCCUCCCCCCCCCCAUAAGAAGAAGUACAUCUGGCUUCAAAAGUGUGCAGGCAAUGUCAGGUUUCUGUCUCUCUUGACCCAGUGGGGAGGUGGUUAUCUUUCCCCAGUCUCCCCUUAACCCAGAGACAGUGGUUGACCUUUGAAAUGAGUUCACAAAUUGGUUGCAGCAGGUAACACAUUAAGAAUGGGGGCGGGGGAGAAAACCACCCCCACUGUACUCAGCACCUCUUCUCUUGGUGGCAGGGGAAGAUCAGGAGUAGCUUGUCUCAGCACCAAUCAGCUGUGAAGCAGGGUAGAACAUGUCCUAUGUGUCCUUCCCCUAUGGCAGUUGUAAGCCAUGAGAGGUUUCACUCAAAAGCUGAUCAUACCAUCUACUACUAUGAAAGGGGGAGAUGCAAUCAAGCUUCCUUUACUCCCAGCUGUCUCUUCAACUUCUUACCUGCUAGCCUGAGUGAGUCUAUAAGAAUGUGAGAACAGGAGUAGGCUAUGUGGCCUUCUGUGCUUUAGGCUGCUUGUUCCAAAUGCAUAUAUUUAGAACAUGGUUAUCUUCUGAAAAACGCAAUGCUGAGUGCUUACUCUACUGUUUCAGAUUCAGAGUAGACGGUUCCUAGAAAAUAUGUUUAUGCUGUUUGUAAAUGGCUCCUGCUGUAUACAUUCAUUUGUAAAUAUUUUUAAUUGGAAUAUCUGUUAAAUAUCUGACAAUAAAUUAUUUUAACAAAGAUUGUGUGUGGUAACUUGCAACAUCCUAAACACGCCAUUCAGUGAUGUAUUUGUGCAAUUUUGAACUGUAGGGGGCGGGAAUGGAGGCAAUGCUUUAUUUUUUGUGUAUAAAAAAAUCAGUUGUAACUUCAGCACAAAAAGAAGCAUUAAACAUAUUAGUAGUCUUGCUGUAGCUAUGCCUACUUCUUCUGUAGCAAAUUUAUUCUAUUAGAUUAUACUUUAUAUAUGUAAGAAGGCCCCCUAGCAGCUUACAAAAGUUUCUAUAUUAAAAAAAAAUGCAGUCAAAUACAGUAAUCACAUUGCAUUCAAGUAGAACUAGGAUUAUUUAGGCUGUAUUUCUUUCUCUUUUUUAAAAAAUAAUAUUUAUUACUUUUCCAAAAAUUUAAACACUAAAAAGACAAUACAAUGCAAUACAUUACAAUGCAAUACAUUAAAACAAAGACAAUAAAAUAAAUCAAACAAUUUCAUUAUCCCAUCUUUCAUUCACUUAUUUCCACGACCUCCUCACACCUCCCUUUUUGUAUUCCACUUAUGUUAAUUAUUUCAGCAAUUCCUUUCCAUCUUCCUCUGUUUUCUAUCCUAUAAUUAUCUUAACUCAUUCUAACCUUAUUUUUUCCUUUAAUACUCUAUUAAUCUAUUUAUACUUAAUUCCUUAUAACGUUUCUACUAAAGCCAUGUAACUUCAUUCCAACAUUUUUCUAACAUUCAUUAAUUUUACAGUAUUUCUGUAAAUAAUCUUUAAAUUUUUUCCAGUCUUCUUCCACCGACUCUUCUCCCUGGUCUCGGAUUCUGCCAGUCAUUUCCGCCAGUUCCAUAUAGUCCAUCAACUUCAUCUGCCAUUCUUCCCAGGUGGGUAAAUCUUGUGUCUUCCAAUAUUUUGCGAUGAGUAUCCUUGCUGCUGUUGUUGCAUACAUAAAGAAAGUUCUAUCCUUCUUUGACACCAAUUGGCCGACCAUGCCCAGGAGAAAGGCCUCUGGUUUCUUCAGGAAGGUAUAUUUGAAUACCUUUUUCAUUUCAUUAUAAAUCAUCUCCCAGAAUGUCUUAAUCCUUGGGCACAUCCACCAAAGGUGGAAGAAUGUAGCUUCAGUCUCGUUACAUUUCCAACAUUUAUUGUCGGGCAAAUGGUAAAUUUUUGCAAGCUUGACUGGUGUCAUGUACCACCUAUAAAUCAUUUUCAUUAAGUUUUCUCUUAGGGCAUUACAUGCCGUAAAUUUCAUACCUGUGGUCCAUAACUGUUCCCAGUCAGCCAUUAUUAUGUUAUGUCCAACAUCUUGUGCCCAUUUAAUCAUAGCUGAUUUCACCGUUUCAUCCUGAGUGUUCCAUUUCAACAGCAAGUUAUACAUUUUUGACAAAUUCUUAAUUUUGGAAUCUAACAAUUCUGUUUCCAAUUUUGAUUUUUCCACCUGGAAACCAACUUUUUUGUCCAAAUUGUAUGCCUCCAUUAUUUGAUAAUAAUGGAGCCAAUCUCACACUUUAUUUUUCAAUUUUUCAAAGCUCUGCAGUUUUAUUCUGUCUCCAUCUUGAUCCAGAAUUUCCCAAUAUUUCGGCCAUUUGGCCUCCAUAUUGAGUUUUUUCUGUGCCUUCGCUUCCAUUGGUGACAACCAUCUUGGGGUUUUCUUUUCUAACAAAUCUUUAUAUCUUAUCCAAACAUUAAACAAUGCUUUUCUAACAAUAUGAUUUUUAAACGCUUUAUGUGCUUUUACCUUAUCAUACCACAAAUAUGCAUGCCAACCAAAUACAUUAUUGAAACCUUCUAAAUCCAACACGUCAGUGUUUUCAAGAAGCAGCCAUUCUCUCAGCCAGCAAAAAGCUGCUGAUUCAUAAUAAAGUUUGAGGUCUGGCAGGGCAAAUCCACCUCUUUCUUUAGCAUCAGUUAAUAUCUUAAAUUUUAUUUGAGGCUUCUUGCCCUGCCAAACAAAUCUGGAAAUAUCUUUCUGCCACUUCUUGAAACAAUCCAUCUUGUCCAAAAUUUGUAAUGUUUGAAACAAAAACAACAUCCUUGGCAGCACGUUCAUUUUUAUCACAGCAAUUCAGCCUAACAAUGAUAACUUCAAAUUUGACCAUAUUUCUAAAUCCUUUUUCACUUCAAUCCAACAUUUUUCAUAAUUAUCCUUAAAUAGAUUCACAUUUUUGGCAGUCAUGUUAACCCCUAAAUAUUUCACUUUCUUAACCAGUGUUAGUCCUGUCUCUUCCUGAAACUUCUCUCUCUCAUUCACAGUUAAAUUUUUCUCUAAAACCUUAGUUUUUGUCUUGUUCAGCUUAAAACCUGCUACUUGUCCAAAUUCUUGAAUCAGUUCCAAUACUCUUUUUGUACUGGAUUCUGGCUCCUGUAAGGUCAAUACUAAAUCAUCAGCAAAUGCUUUCAGUUUAUACUGUUUAACUCCCACUUGUAUAUCUUUAACCUCUUGGUCGUUUCUUAUCAUGUUUAACAAAACCUCAAGGACCAAUAUAAAGAGCAGUGGAGAAAUUGGGCAACCUUGUCGUGUCCCUUUCUCAAUCUUAAACUCUUCUGUCACUACAUUGUUCACAAUUAAUUUUGCCUUUUGUUCUGAAUAAAUUGCACCUAUACCAUUUUCAAAACCUUGACCUACCCCCAUCCCCUGUAGAUUCUUCUUCAUAAAGCUCCAAGAGAUGUUGUCAAAGGCUUUCUCUGCGUCCACAAAUAUCAAGACAGCCUUAGUAUUGAUAUUUCUAGAAUAUUAAUUAUAUUCCUCAUAUUGUCAGACAAAUGUCUGCCCGGGAGAGAGCCCGCUUGAUCUUUAUGAAUUUCUUCUACUAACACCUUUUAAAAUCUUUUAGCCAGAAUAUCUGCAAAAAUUUUAUAAUCCACAUUUAGCAGCGAUAUGGGGCGGUUCUUGAGCUGUGUCUUUUCAGUCUCUGUUUUUGGUAUAAGUGUAAUGUAAGCUUCUUUCCACGACUCUGGUGCCUUUCUCCCUUCCAAUAUUUCAUUGCAGACUUCCUUCAAUGGUUGUAUUAACCAUUCUUUCAAAGAUCUGUUAUUUAGGCUGUAUUUCUUGUCCUUGUCCUUUUCCUUCUCUGGUUUUGUAGCAGGAAACAGUUCCAACCAAGCUCCUUUUGAGGCAAAGGAGUGGGACCGAGCAGCUAGAACUUGCCCAACCCAUAACGAAAGCAAAUAUACAGUACAUUCACACAGAGAAAAAAGAGUUUGGUUGUAAAUCAACAAGGCAACUGGACUUCAACAUUAAUUUCUCCUUAUUAACAUUAAUUUCUCCUCAGCUGCUUUAUUAAAGUGUUUCACGAAGAUUACAAUUACACAGAUUUUUUAAUUAGCAAUAAUUUUAUUUUUUUCAAGUCACAAACUGCAAGAUACCCAAAGAGGCGAUAGCUUUAGACUCUUACCUGUCUGGAACUUAAGUAACUGAACGUACAUGUAUCAAAAUUUAAGAAGUAUAUAAUUGUAGGCCAUUUCUCACUAAUCAAAACUAUGACCCAAGUCCUAAUAUGUCAUUUUAUAUUCAAGGAAAGUGUGAUGGGGUAAUAUUGAGGUAGGUUAUAGGACUGAGGAAACUCUGACACCCAACUCCAGUGAAAUGGAAUCAAAUAUUACUGAAACCAAUGGAAGAAGUUGAAAUUCACAGCGACUUACCACUUAUCCCUACUGAAAACAAUCCUAAACACUUAACUUGAGCAUAUUCCAUCGAACAUAGUAGGACUGUUGCAUAGACAAUGGUAGGAUUGUAUUGUUUGUCAUACUUAACUUUAUCUGGAUUUAAUACCUGCAUUUAAAAAACAAACCAAGCCUAAACACAAGCAUCAAAAUUUGAAUAA